AUGGCGGCGCCACCGCCGGAGCCGCCGAUCCUUCGAACCCACGACGAGCUCCUCGAGGAGAUCUUCCUCCUUCUCCCCACUGCUGCCGACUUAGCCCGCGCCUCCCUGGCGCGCGCCUCCUUCCGCCGUCUCAUCACCGGCCACGCCUUCCUCCGCCGCUACCGCACCCUCCACCCGCCCCCUAUCAUCGGCGUGCUCGAAGUCCACGACAAUGCCUUCUUCCCAGCCCAGCCUCCGCACCCCUCCGCCGCCGCCGCCCGCACUUUUGCCGGCUUCGACUUCUCCUACUCCUCCUUCCUCCCCUCCACCGCCGGCCGUACCUGGAGCGCGAUUGAUCUCUUCGACGGACGCCUCCUCCUCGGCGGCGCCCCAGAGGAGAGGACGCGCGACUUUGACUACCUCCAACUUUUUUUGGCCAGGGAGCUCGCUGUGUGCGAUCCCGUGUUCCGCCGCUACAUCCUGCUGCCCGCCGUCCCCGGCGACCUGACGGCACUGCUCCCUGAACCGGAGGACUUCCUCGAUUUGGACACUUUCCUUGCUCCCGGUGAUGAUGAGGAGGACUCUUUAUCAUUCAGGGUCAUGUUCUUGGUGCGGUGCACAAGGAAUAUGCUGCUCCUCGUCUUCUCCUCUGUGGAUGGGCAAUGGCAUGCUCUUACAUUUGACCAAUGCAGGAGUGUUCCUGGGACAUUUGACCCAUAUAAGGAUGGGAUGAUAAGACGUCAAUUCGUCGGCCGAUGCUUCUGUUGGCAUCCAGGUGUCCUCAACGACUUGCUUCUGCUUGACACACACUCCAUGGAGUUCUCUACUGUCAGCCUCCAACCUGAACCACUGCAGUGUCAGUGUGACGACUAUGUUGUUGUCGAGGCAGCACAAGGAAUGCUUGGGCUGCUCCUUGUAAUCAACGACGGGCACAACCAUGAUGGCCCAUACCGGCUCGAGUAUUCCGUUCUGAGAAAUAACCAGUGGCACUCAGAGAAGGUCAUCCCGUUGCUGGAAAAGUAUGAUGUUUUUCUGUUUGGUGUAGCCGGGGGAUACGCGCUCAUACACGCACAGUACACCCCAUCUUUACAAGAGAAUCCAGGUUUUUUUUCAGUGGACAUCAAGACAUUGCAGGUAGAGUUCUUCGGCGAAGGCUCCCAUGGCUCCGAUAGUGGUGAACUAUAUGCUGGUUUCCCACCAUCAUUGUGUGCACCAACUAUAUGA